UCGAUAUCGAUAUUUAUAACGAAAAAAAUCAGUUCCUAAACUGACACAAGUGAUUUUAUUCACGCUCCAUUAUAAAACGAAACAAAAAUCAUUCUAUGGACUUCCUUCCUUCCUUGUCAAGUACAAACCUCGAUUGUCGAUCUCUAAACAACUGUUAUGUGACAUCAGUGACAUGUGAAGUUUGGUUGACUGAUAAAGGUUACUGUGUACGCACAUAAAAUCAAUUAUUAUUUUAUAGUAUCAAGUGUAGCGUUACGGACGUUGCUAAGGACAAUAAAUAUUAUAUUGUAUGUGCCUAGUUCGUUAGAUAAUUGUUGCAGUGAGUCAACUAUCUACUGUGCAUUCCAAGGUUAAAAUAUAAUUUUUAAAUAAAAAGCGCACAAUGGCUUUAGCAAUUGAAAAUACAAAAAUCUUAGAAUUUUUGGAACUUGUCGGUCGUUUGAAGCAUGUUAAAAGGACUGGCUGGGUGAUUUGUGAUAUAAAGGAAUGUGAGUCUAUUGCUGGGCACAUGUACCGCAUGGGUUUAAUGACCUUCCUGCUCACAGAAGAAAACAACCCCACCAACCUGGACAGGUUCAAAUGUCUCCAAAUAGCUCUUGUUCAUGACUUAGCAGAAUGUAUAGUUGGAGACAUAACACCACAUUGUGGUGUGUCACCUGAGGAGAAGCAUCGACAAGAAGAUGAGGCUAUGCAGAAAAUUGCAGAACUUACUGGCAUUGCUGGUGACAGGAUGUACAAUCUUUAUAAAGAAUAUGAAAACCAAUCAUCUCCUGAGGCUAAAUUCGCCAAAGACUUGGACCGCUAUGACAUGAUCUUGCAAGCAUUUGAGUAUGAAAAACGUGAGAAUGCACCAAGGAAGUUGCAGGAAUUCUUUACUGCCACUGAAGGGAAAUUUGAUCAUCCUUUCAUCAAAGAUUUGGUCACAGAACUGUACAAACAACGAGAGGAGUUUGAAAAGAAAUGCCUAACAAAUGGGCAUGCAUAAUAUUAGAACAAAAUAAUCUUCCAUACUACUCAUUAGUGUUAAUAUUACAAUAUUAAUAGCAUUGUUACCUAGCUCAGCUAGUUAGUCCGAUAUUUAAUAGCAAAGGGAAGCUUAAGAAACAAAACCAAAAUAACUUUCUACUGAACAUGAAUUUCUGCAAAGGUUGUAUGUUAAAGAACUGAUUCAAAAUGCAUAAUAGAACUGUUAGUGAAGAUUUUUUUGAUUAGCUGUCUUGGAUGAAAGAGAAAAUAGGUAUAAAAUAAUUUUGCGUGUUCAUCUGAAGUAGAAAAAGUACUCAAUUACUUUAUUGCAAGUUUAUUUUUAACAGAACAGAUUUUAAUAGAUGUAUUAUUUUAUUAAUGUGUGAAGAUUUUGUUGUUUGUGUGUUAUGUCACUUGUGUUAGUUUUGUUUUUACAUAAAUAUUCAAAUAAUGCACUAUGGUGUGGUGUUACAAAAUUUUUUCAUAAGAAAUAGGUAUUGUUUUAAUUUAAUUUAAGAACAAUAACUGCUGUGAAAAGUAACAAAUGAGGUAUUAAAAAUUGUAUACGUAUUGCAAAUAUGUAUAAGGCGUAGUAUUAUAACAAAAUAUAAUACGUAUUUAUCACGUUACGUGCAAUUUCUCAAGCCAUUAAAAAUGAGCUACCAGUAAUUAUUAGUUAUACAAAAUAAUCAUUCCCACUAGUCAUUAAUAGUGUCGAAUUACUUAAUAAUUAAACAUAAUAUAUCUGACAUUUUAAUCUUUCCUCUAAUAGUUAUUAGUAUUAUUUGGUACAAUUGUUAACAAAAAAUUUAAUAUUCGCUUAUCCCUCCUGGUUAAAGGAUUGAUAAAAAAAAUUGAAAGAAAACAGCGACGUAGUAAUUAAUUAGAAUAGCAUCUCUCAAUUUUGUCUUCUGGAGAUGAGCUUGAAAUAGCCAAAUACUCACUCAGAUCGUAUUAAAUCAAACCAAGAACAUUGAUUGUUUACCUUCCAUAAUAUAUUUACCACAGACCACAAGAUAUUACGCCACUCUGUAUGUACCUACAUAAGUGUGAUGAUUUUUAUUUUUGUCUAUCUCAUAAUACCAAAUAAAUGAAACAUUGUUUCUGAAAUCUGCAUACAUAUUAUUAUUAAAUUACACAGUUUUUAUGAACAA